AUGGAGUUACGGAUUAAAGGAAUUGAAGGAAGCAGGCGGCAUUUGCCGGCUGUUCGCGCGCCUGAGCCGAGCGCUGUGCCGUCGACAUCUGAAGACUAUUAUCUCUCUUUCUCCCUUACUCUCUGUCUCAUUUUCUCUCUUUCUUUCUCUAUCUAUCUAUCUAUCUAUCUAUCUAUCUAUCUAUCACUCUUUCCACCCUCUCUUUAUCUCACCCCCCAGCUCUUUCUCUCUCUCCCUUUCUGUACUUCCUUCUUUUUUUCUUUUUUUUCCUCUUUCUUACGCUCUCUUUCCAUCUCUAUUUCUCUCUUAAUUUUUCUCUCUCUACCUUACCUUUCUUUCCUUCUUUCUCCCUCUUUCCUUCGUUUUCUUUCUCUCCUUCUCUCUACUUCUCUCUCUUCAGCUUUCGCUCUCUCUUUCUUUCUCUCUUACUUCAUUUAUGUCUAUAUUUCCCGCACUCUUUCCUUCUAUAUAUAUUUCUCUCUCUCUCUCUCUCUCUCUCUCUCUCUCUCUCUCUCUCUCUCUCUCUCUCUCUCUCUCAUCCUCUCUUUCUAUCACUCUUUACUUCUCUUUUUCUCCGUUUCCCUUUUCUGUUAUUUAUCUAUUUUUUCUCACUCUCCCCUUCUCUCUUUUUCUCUCUUCGUUCCUUUCCCUCUCUCUCUCUCUCUCUCUCUCUCUCUCUCUCUCACACACACACACACAUACAUACACACACAUUUUCUUUCGAUGUCAUUUCUCUCUCACAAACCAAUUUUUACUUCUCUUUCUCAUUUUUUCCUUUUUCCAUUCCCCCCUUCCCUUUCCCUAUUUCUGUCUGUCUGUCUCUCUUUCUCUCUCUCUCUCUCUCUCUCUCUCUCUCUCUCUCUCUCUCUAUCUAUCUAUCUAUCUAUCUAUCUAUCUCUAUCUAUCUCUGUACUUGUUGAAGAGUUUAUAUUACCUUUAUUUACAUAUGUGAGCGAUUUGGCGCGUGUAGAUAUUAAACCGGAUGUGGCACAAGGUCGGUUUAUAUCUAUCUAUCUAUCUAUCUAUCUAUCUAUCUAUCUAUCUAUCAUCUAUCUAUCUAUCUAUCUAUCUAUCUAUAUCUAUCUAUCUAUCUAUCUAUCGUUAUCUAUUUCCAUCCAUCCAUCUAUAUCAGUGUCUUCGUUCAUCUAUCCAUCUAUCUAUCUAUCCAUCCAUCCAUCCAUCCAUCUUCCGUAUCUAUCUCAAUCUAUCUAUCUAUCCAUCCAUCUAUCCAUCUAUCUAUCAUAUCAUAUCUAUCCAUCCAGUCCAUCCAUCCGUAUCUAUCUAUCUAUCUAUCUAUCUAUCUAUCUAUCUAUCCAUCUAUCUAUCUAUCUCAGUGUCUCCAUCAUUAUCUAUUUAUUUAUCUAUAUCAAUGUCAGUCUCUUUAUUAUCUAUUCAUCCAUCUAUCUAUCUAUCUAUCUAUGUCAGUCUCUUCCGUAUCUAUCUAUCUAUCUAUCCAUAUCUAUCUAUCUAUCUAUGUCUAUUUAUUUAUCUAUAUCAGUUCCGUUAUCUAUCUAUCUAUCUAUCUAUCUAUCUAUCUAUCUAUCUAUCUCAGUCUACCGUAUCAUUCAUCAUCAGUUUCAUCUAUCUAUCUAUCUAUCUUUCAUCUCAUGUCGGUUCAGUGUCUCUUUCUAUCUCUUUCGGUCAGUUCAUGUCUAUCCCUUUCAGUCAGUGCAUAUAUAUCUAUCUAUCUAUCUAUCUAUCUAUCUAUCUAUCUAUCUAUCUAUCACAGACUAUCUAUCUAUCUAUCUAUCUAUCUAUCUAUCUAUCUAUCUCUAUUGCUUAUCUAUUGCUAUAUCUGGGCCUGGUUUAUCUGUCUGUCUGUCUGUCUAUCUAUCUAUCUAUCUAUCUAUCUAUCUAUCUAUCUAUCUAUCUAUCCCACCCAGUGCCUUCCUUAUCUAUCUAUCUAUUUAA